GCCCUUGGAGUUCAGAGGCCUCUGCUGACCUCUGCCCAACCUCUCGCUCUCUGCACCCAAGCCCCCACUGGUAUGUACAGGAGCAGAGGCAGCAUAGGACCAGAGGAAAGAGGAUAGGGACCUGGAUACAGGCUGUGAGAGGGCUCAGAAGCCCAGUGUGUCCCCCUGCCCCAGCCCUGUCCACCUGCUGCCGUGGCCACAUCAAGAGAAGGGACAGCUGGAAAGAUAGGAAGUGAGGCCUGGUACCUUGUGGUCAGUAGUGUCAUUAACUGCGACUCCUAAGAUGUCUCGAGAGAUGGGAGAGCUCACCCAAACCAGGUUGCAGAAGAUCUGGAUUCCACACAGCAGCGGCAGCAGCGGGCUGCAACGGAGAAGGGGCUCAUCCAUACCCCAGUUUACCAAUUCCCCCACGAUGGUGAUCAUGGUGGGUUUACCAGCUCGAGGCAAGACUUACAUCUCCACGAAGCUCACACGAUAUCUCAACUGGAUAGGAACACCAACUAAAGUGUUUAAUUUAGGCCAGUAUCGACGAGAGGCAGUGAGCUACAAGAACUAUGAAUUCUUUCUCCCAGACAACACGGAAGCCCUACUUAUCAGGAAACAGUGCGCCCUGGCAGCCCUGAAGGAUGUUCACAACUAUCUCAGUCGUGAGGAAGGUCACGUUGCGGUUUUUGAUGCCACCAACACUACCAGAGAACGACGGUCAAUGAUUCUGCAAUUUGCUAAAGAACAUGGUUAUAAGGUCUUUUUCAUCGAGUCCAUUUGUAAUGACCCUGGUGUCAUUGCAGAGAACAUCAGGCAAGUGAAACUCGGCAGCCCUGAUUACAUAGGCUGUGACCAGGAAAAGGUUCUGGAAGACUUUCUAAAGAGAAUUCAGUGCUAUGAGGCCAACUACCAACCUUUGGAUGAUGAACUGGACAGCCACCUGUCCUACAUCAAGAUCUUCGACGUGGGCACACGCUACAUGGUGAACCGAGUGCAGGACCACAUCCAGAGCCGCACAGUCUACUACCUUAUGAACAUCCACGUCACACCCCGCUCUAUCUACCUCUGCCGGCAUGGUGAGAGCGAGCUCAACCUCAGAGGCCGCAUCGGAGGCGACUCUGGACUCUCAGCUCGGGGCAAGCAGUAUGCCUAUGCCCUGGCCAACUUCAUUCGGUCCCAGGGCAUCAGCUCCCUGAAGGUGUGGACCAGCCACAUGAAGAGGACCAUCCAGACAGCUGAGGCCCUGGGUGUCCCCUAUGAACAGUGGAAGGCCCUCAACGAGAUCGACGCGGGUGUCUGUGAGGAGAUGACCUAUGAAGAAAUCCAGGAACACUAUCCUGAAGAAUUUGCACUACGAGACCAAGAUAAGUAUCGCUACCGCUAUCCCAAGGGAGAGGUGAUGAUCAGUGAAACCAAUUUGAUGUCCUAUGAGGAUCUGGUCCAGCGUCUGGAGCCAGUUAUAAUGGAGCUAGAACGACAGGAGAAUGUACUGGUGAUCUGCCACCAGGCUGUCAUGCGGUGCCUCCUGGCCUACUUCCUGGAUAAAAGUUCAGAUGAGCUUCCCUAUCUCAAGUGCCCUCUGCACACAGUGCUCAAACUCACGCCUGUGGCUCAUGGCUGCAAAGUGGAGCCCAUCUACCUGAAUGUGGAGGCCGUGAACACACACCGAGAGAAGCCUGAGAAUGUGGAUGUCACCCGGGACCCUCAGGAAGCCUUGGACACCGUCCCUGCUCAUUACUGAGCUUUUUACAAGAAGUCAAACUGCCUGUGUCCUCAUUGCCUUCUACAUUUAGGAACUGCCAUCCUUGCUCUUCUCCCUACCCUAAGAAGACUCUGGCCUUGGUCUCACUGGGAGAGCCCUGCUACCAGUGAAAAAGCCCUCAGAAGCUCUAAAACAAGUCUCAAUUCCUGGCCACAACCAAGGAACUGUCUAGCUCUGGAUGAAGUUGUUUCUUUAUUAAUUCAUAUUCUCUCAUCAAUAAAGACUUCUCUUACUAGCUACA